GGUCAAAGAGGAAAGAAUGAACAAAGUAGCCACCACUGCUCAUUGCUCACAAUCGGCAGUUGGCUGGUUGGUUGUCGGGUGGGGGGUUGUAUGGAGGAGGAGGGGUUGGGUGGGUGGGGGGUUGCACAGUUCAAGGUUGUGUGUGAAAUACCAAGACCAUGCAUAAGGAGUUCAUAUGCAAGCAUAGAGGAACAUCCUCUUUUCUCAAAAAGUAGUUUCUUUUGAUUGUACACACAAAGUUACUUGUGUCAGAACGUUUACUACUAGAAAUCCAAGCCAGGAGGCGAAGAGUCAUGGGAGUGAGUUGAAACUAGACCAAAACAACUGCAAGGGAAGGGAAUCAUGGAAAGGAUUUGAAAUGCUACCUGAAUGCAACUGAAUGGCUGGCUAUUGCCACGAGAAGGCAAACAGUUCCAUCGUGUAUGUGGGUUUGAGUUUUGGCUGUCUCUCCCGUCGAUGCCUUCCUCGGUGCGUGGGUUGUACAGCUAGCUUUUUAAUCACGACUAAUUCGUGAUCCAGAGUGACGCGCGAAGCGCGAAGGACGACCAUGGCACCACAAGAUCUUCAAGGCGACAGCGGCAGCUUUUCUCACCACAGAGUGUGGUUUGUAGCUAUUCAUUCUCUGGUCAGCAUGAGCUCCAUCUACAGCACCACUCUGCACCGCAUGGCCCAUAGGGUUGCUGCGUCUAGUAGAAGUAGAUUACUGUUGCCUGGAUUGGCGUCUUCCUCGUCCGAAUGGCCACAACAACGCCGAUGGCUGGCCACUCCCAAAAAGAAAAAGGGCAAAGGGAAGCGUUCGAUUAAUGGAAGUCACGGAUCUCGUGGUCACGGAUGGUACAUCAAGUAUCGGGAAGGUCGUGGAGGUCGGUCGUUGCAGGGCGAAUACUGGGAUCGCAAUCAACAUCACUGGGAUUUGCAACACUGGAACGAUGCCGUCUUGUCGCUAGGAAGUCAAUUUGUCUAUCUGGAUAUUGCCGUGGAACCGCCGACCACGGGAGGAGAUGUCGUUGCUGCUUCUCCAUCUGUGGCGGAAGACAGUGAAGAUAUUUCUGUGGCUGUGCCAAAGGAAGAAGAGUCCGAAGAAAAUGAUGCUACAGGUACUUCUACCAGUGCCGAGGCUCCCGAAAAAGACAAGACAAGUUUUACUGUGGAUCAACCCUCUAUUACCACGGAACGUUUGAUUAUGCAAGUUGCAUCCACCGUCAUGCCCGAGACCUGUAUCAAUUUUAUAGGUCUGAUCCAAGAAGCUGCCUACAAGAAUACCAUCUUGUAUCGAAUUGAACGAGAAGUGGGUAUUUGUGGAGGCGACGUCUUGACCAAUACGGGCGGGACCGGACAAUGCUGGCAAUCCUUUCCGUACGACAACGCCGUACCCAAUACGCGGAUUCGACCCAGUCCUUUGCGUCGCGAUUUGCCACCUCCGGCGGACGAACCCUUGGCGAUGUGGCACACGGCCGGAACUGUGGCCAUGCUGUGUGCCAAGGUCAACGAAAUUGACUCGAGAUUCAUUCUUUGCGCUCAUGACAGCCCUCAUUUGGAUGGCAUUCAUCGAGCCUUUGGAAAGCUCACACCCGAAUCCUUGGCCGUCAUUCAGGAAUGGCAAACAUCUGUCUUGACGUCCUACGGAAAACCCAAGAGUGCUACCUUGCGGAUUGUCGAUUGUGGGGUAUUGGAAGAUUACAAGCAGGAGGACAGUGCUGGAGGUAGUCAGGAAGAAGUGGCCGCUGCAUAGCUUGCCAUGGUAAGAAUGAAUCCUACUAUUAACGAAGGGAGCAUCGCAUCAAGACAUGAUUGGACUACAUGUACAUGUACAGCAAAGGCAGGCUAUGACAAAUUUUCAUUAUUGAAUACUGGACGGCGAUGGCUCGUUCCGCGAAGGCUGGUCCAACGCAUGUGUACUCGUACAACCAUUUCAUGCCUGGAGGCAAUUUCAUUCCAGCAUUCCAGCGGUUGGAGGAAUGACCCGUCGAUGUAGAUUUUGCUGCUGAGCCAGCCAGUAGAAGCAAUGGAGCCACAGCUGUGGUGGCAC